CAAUUUGCCUUCGGACUCCGACGGAGGAGAAGCAAACCGUCAUGCGAGGAGCAUAAUGGUUGUUUGCUGUUCUGGCAGUCGUCCUCAUGUGCCAAUGGAGUUCUGAAGCAGCAAUGCGGGCCUGCCUUCCAUGCUGCACAGGACCUUGCUAGCUAGAAACAAACAAGAAAACGGUUGGCGAUAUGUCUCGCUUGCGAGUAGCAGCACCUAACACUCAGCAGUAGAAUGUUCAAGGCACGACCGGGCAACUAGCAGUCCUGUGGUGGAUGCUGUCAACGGUGCUAUUUUUUUGGGGCCUAGUAGCAUUAAGCUGGACGCAUCUGUCUCCUCGGAGACCGCGGCAGGAUUAGGGUUCUGGGACAUCCAUGUGACGAGUUCUCAGUAACGUGUAGGUUGAGAUGGCUGGGGAAAAUGGUCAACCGAUGCCGGCAGCGCCAAUGAAGGUCGAGCAAGACUUACCGGCAGCUGAGAGGGCCAAUGGAGCGGUGGUAAGCGGAGCGGCGGUGAAUGGAGCAGCCGAAAGACCUUUGGGGCACGGCGGAGCAGAAGAAAAUGGGAGGAAGCGGGGGCGGGAGGUGACGCUCCCGCUGGAGGUCGGCACGCGAGUGAUGGUCAAGUGGCGGGAUGGCAAGUACCACAUGGUCAAGGUCAUUGAGCGGCGCCGCCUCUCGGCGCACGCCCCCGACUAUGAAUACUAUGUGCACUACAUGGAGUUCAACCGGCGCCUUGACGAGUGGGUGCAAGUGGAUGCCAUGGAUCUGAACACAGUUGAGACGGAGAAUGACGAUAAUAAAGACGACAAGGGGGCCACAACGAAAAUGACGAGGCAGCAGAAGAAAAAGAUUGACGAGUCGCAUGUGGAAGAGGGCCACGAGGAGUUCGAUGCGGCAAGCCUGCGCGAGCACGAGGAGUUCACCAAGGUGAAGAACAUCAGCGCGAUCGAGCUGGGCAAGUACGAGAUGGACACGUGGUACUUCUCGCCGUUCCCGCCCGAGUACAACAACGUCAGCAAGCUCUACUUCUGCGAGUUCUGCCUCAGCUUCAUGAAGCGCAAGGAGCAGCUCUCGCGCCACAUGAGGAAAUGCGACCUGAAGCAUCCCCCGGGUGACGAGAUCUAUCGGAACCGGUCAAUAUCCAUGUUCGAGGUGGACGGCAAGAAGAACAAGGUGUACUGCCAGAAUCUGUGUUACCUGGCGAAGCUCUUCUUGGACCACAAGACGCUCUACUACGACGUCGACCUCUUCCUCUUCUACAUUCUCUGCGAGUGCGACGAGCGGGGCUGCCACAUUGUCGGAUAUUUCUCAAAGGAGAAGCAUUCGGAGGAGGGCUACAACCUGGCAUGCAUCCUUACUCUCCCAUCCUAUCAGCGGAAAGGAUACGGGAAGUUCCUGAUUGCUUUCUCCUACGAGUUGUCCAAGAAGGAGGCCAAGGUGGGCACCCCGGAACGGCCGCUGUCAGACUUGGGGCUCGUCAGCUACCGCGGCUACUGGACGCGCGUUCUGCUCGACAUCCUCAAGCGGCAUCGCGGGAGCAUCUCCAUCAAGGAAUUGAGCGACAUGACCGCGAUCAAAACGGAAGACGUCAUCAGCACGCUGCAGGCCCUGGAGCUGAUCCAGUACCGCAAGGGGCAGCACGUGAUCUGUGCCGACCCGAAGGUACUGGAUAGGCACCUCAAAGCAGCUGGUCGAGGAGGGCUCACAGUGGAUGCGUCAAAGUUGAUAUGGACGCCUUAUAAGGAGGGAGGCGGGUAACGAGCACCGGGACAGCUUCGCUGUUGAAGUGUAAAUAUGUAGGAAAGGUGCGCAGGUUCUUCUAUCCCGGUCAUGUGCAAGCCGAAAAGCAUACAUGUCAUCAGCCUACUUUCGAAGAGCGUGGAUAGGCGGGCACUUUCGUGGGCUGCCAUCUGUGUAACAUGCACACAUACGCACAAAAGUUGC